CGUAUUAGGUGAAGUUACCGACCAGGCCACGUGGACCGUAGCUGUUCUAGAGAGAGAGAGAGGGAGAGAGAGAUCUGAGGAGUCAGGUUGGUAGCCCUGAAGAACCCUCUCGCAGGCAACCGGAAGGGGAGAGAUCCGAGGGGCUGGCAGCUGAGAUGAGUGGAGGGCAUGGUGAUGCUGGGAUGGCUUCAGGUAAGAUGGCAAAGCUGAAGGAGUUAUUGCAGAAAAGUGAAAAUCGCAUUUGUGCUGACUGCAGCGCACCUGAUCCCAAUUGGGCGUCAGCUAAUAUUGGAGUAUUCAUAUGCGUAAAAUGUUCUGGCGUUCACAGAAGUCUCGGUACACAUAUCUCAAAGGUCAUGUCAGUGACACUAGAUAAGUGGUCUGACGAUGAAAUUGACUCGAUGGUAGAAGUUGGUGGAAACUUGCAAGCCAACGCAAUCUAUGAGGCCUUUCUCCCAGAAGGCUACCGCAAGCCACACCCAGAUUCCGCCCAGGAAGAGCGACAAAAGUUUAUCAAGUCCAAAUAUGAACUUCAAGAAUUCCUGGAGCCAAGCUUACGGAUCGUCUCUAAUCAUCCUAGCGAUGCCGGAAAACAAGCAUCCAACUCACAUUCUGGUAGCUCCAAGAGUGAGAUUGGCAUGGUUGAGUUCAUCGGGAUACUGAAUGUCAAAGUCAUUGGAGGCACCAAAUUAGCUAUCAGAGAUAUGUCUAGCAGCGACCCUUAUGUUGUCUUGACCCUGGGACAACAGAAAGUACAGACUUCAGUGAUCAAAGGAAACCUGAACCCUGUCUGGAAUGAAGAACUCAAGCUCUCUGUUCCUCAGAAGUACGGGCCUCUGAAGCUGCAAGUGUUGGACCACGACAUGGUGUCCAAGGACGACCUGAUGGGGGAGGCCGAGAUCGACCUGCAGCCCAUGAUCAAUGCGGCAGCAUCGUUUGGAGAUCCAGAACUGCUCGGCGACAUACAGAUCGGCCGGUGGCUCAAGUCCAACGAUAACGCUCUAACCGCCGACAGCGCUGUCAUGGUGACCGGAGGCAAGGUGAAGCAGGAGGUCUCCCUGAACCUGCAGCACACCGAGUCGGGGGAGGUGACGGUGGAGAUGGAAUGGAUGGCUCUAAACAUUUAGAGAAUCCGGGUACGAUGGCAAAUUUGUAUUUUGAUUUGUAUUUCGCUGCAAAGGAUCCAUUGAAUCGACUUUUUUUGGGAAAAAUAAUAAUUUUUGCUACUA